CUCUCUCCCUCCACGAGAGAGAGGAAAACAACACAAACACAAUAUGGCUUCGCACUCGUUCCUCCUCCUAGCAACGGCCAUUCUCGCCGCCGCAUUCUCCGCCGCACGCGGCUGCACGCCGUCGGACAGGGCGGCGCUCCUGGCCUUCCGCUCAGCCCUGAACGAGCCCUACCUCGGCCUCUUCAACUCGUGGACCGGCGCCAACUGCUGCCUCAACUGGCACGGCGUCAGCUGCGACGCCACCACCGGCCGCGUCACCGACGUCGACCUCCGCGGCGAGUCCGAGGACCCCAUCUUCGAGAAAUCCGGCCGCUCCGGCUACAUGACCGGAAAACUCUCGCCGGCGAUCUGCUCCAUCGACACCCUCACCACCCUCGUCGUCGCCGACUGGAAGGCCAUCGCCGGCGACAUCCCCCCCUGCCUCACCGCCCUCUCCUCCCUCCGCAUCCUCGACCUCAUCGGAAACAAGCUCUCCGGCGAGAUCCCCGCCGACGUCGGCAAACUCUCCCGCCUCACCGUCCUCAACCUCGCCGACAACGCCCUCACCGGGAAAAUCCCGGCCUCGAUAACUAAACUCAAUUCUCUUAAGCACCUCGACCUCAGCAACAAUCAACUCAGCGGCGAGAUUCCCCAAAAUUUUGGAGACCUCACCAUGCUGAGUCGCGCGUUGCUGAGUCGGAAUCAGUUAACCGGUUUAAUACCGGUUUCUGUUUCCAAGAUAUACCGGCUCGCAGACUUGGACUUGUCUGCGAACCGGUUAUCCGGUUCGGUUCCAUUUGAGCUCGGGAGAAUGUCAGUUCUCUCGACGCUCAAUUUGGACAGUAACAAUUUUAAGGGGUUAAUACCUUCUAGUUUGUUGAGUAACCCGGGUAUGGGUAUUUUGAAUCUUAGUAGAAACGGGUUUGAAGGUACCAUACCCGAUGUUUUCGGGUCACAUUCUUAUUUCAUGGCUUUGGAUUUGUCUUACAACAAUUUAAAGGGUCGGGUACCCGGUUCGUUAUCUUCGGCCAAGUUUAUAGGGCAUUUGGAUCUUAGUCAUAACCAUUUGUGUGGAUCCAUUCCUGUCGGGUCACCCUUUGAUCACCUUGAAGCAUCUUCGUUUAGUUACAAUGAUUGCUUGUGCGGGAACCCGUUGAAGACUUGCUAGUUAUAGUGGGUGACCCGAAUAAGUAUUUACCCGAUUCGAUUAUUAUGGUUUUCACUUUAUGAAAUGAUGAAGGCAAAGUGUGAAUUUCGGUGUAAUGAUUUUUUUGUUUUUGGUGUUAAGUGGUGUAGUAUAAUGGUUUAGUGGGAAAGGACAAAAAGAAAAAGAAGUGAUGUUGACGCACUUUAUUAGGAGGGUGCAUACGCAUCUGCAUGCACGUGCACGACAGGACAAGGGUUUCAAGGCAGGAAUUCAUGUUUGUGUGAUAAUUUGAAAGUUAUUCCUGUGUUGCAUGUGAGCUUCCUUGUUGGAUAAUGUAAAAGAUUUGGAUAAUGAUUUCAUUACUGUUCUUCUUUUAUUAAUUUUAA